UAGAGAGUAAAGAAGAAGAAAACAGACUGAAUUGAAGAGAUAGACAUACUGUAGUAUUUUCUUCCAUUUUUUUUCCAGUAGGGAUAUCUGUUGUCUUCUGUCUCUGUGGAGGAUUUGACUGACAGUGGCUCAGUCUUUGUGUUUGCUGUUUUCUCUUUUUUGGAUGCUGAAGGACUGAUGGAGAUGGAGAUACAACACAGUCAUCCAGCAGUGCCGUUCACCUGGACGCAAGAGCUGCACUGACAGAGGUCGCUUGGUGUCACGACUGAGUGGGCGGGCAGACAAGAGGACAAGUGUCCCCAACCGUGAGCGUCUUCAGUGCGGCUGUCAAGAGAUCCAACUAGCUAAUCAGGAGAGGCGAGGGGCGAGGCCGGCCAAUCGGAGAGGAAGAGAUGUUGGGGCAGGUCGGGCAUGCGGCCCUGGCUCUGAUGUCAUUACUGCUUCUGCUGUGGCAUGAAGCAGCACCCAUCGAAGUCCCUCAAGAUCUCAAGAUCCUCCAAGACCUAAAGCAGCCCCCCACAAUAAUCAAGCAGUCAGUGAAGGAUUACAUUGUCGACCCCAGAGAUAACAUCAUCAUCGAGUGUGAGGCCAAGGGCAACCCAGUGCCAACGUUUUCAUGGCGAAGGAACGGCAAAUUCUUCAACAUUGGGAAAGAUCCCAGGGUGACGAUGCGAAAACGUUCAGGAACUCUGGAGAUCGGCUUCCGCAGUGGAGGACGGCCAGAGGACUAUGAAGGAGAAUACCAGUGUUUUGCCAGCAAUGAUUUUGGAGGAGCGCUGUCCAACAAAAUCUUGCUCCGGGUCUCCAAGGCUCCUCUGUGGCCUAAGGAGGUGCUGGAGCCAGUGUCGGUGACGGAGGGCUCCCCGCUGGUUCUACCCUGUAACCCCCCACCAGGCCUGCCUCCUCCGUUCACCUUCUGGAUGGACAGCGGUAUGAGUCCAAUCCCUCAGGAUAAGAGAGUGUCCAUGGGUUUGAAUGGAGACCUAUACUUCUCCAAUGUUUUGGCCCGAGACGCUCACACAGACUAUAGCUGCAACGCUCGCUUCCUCUUCACACACACCAUCCAGCAGAAGAAUCCCUUCACACUCAAAGUUCAGACCAAGGAGCCGUUUAAUGACACAUCUUACAAUGCCACUGAACCCUACGGUGGCCGUAAAGUAGCAGAGUCCACGCCGACCUUCCUCUCGCCGUCAGGGACUGAGAGUUCUAAAAUGGUGCUACGAGAUGAGCAACUGCUGCUGGAGUGUAUUGCUGCUGGACUUCCAACACCGACAAUCAAGUGGUUCAAGAAAGGUGGGGAUCUGCCAGGAAGGAAGGUGAAGUUUGAGAACUACAACAAGACCCUGAAGAUUAUCAACGUGUCAGAGGAGGAUGCAGGGGAGUAUGUAUGCAUGGCUAACAAUCACUUAGGCAGCAUACGUCACUCCAUCUUCGUUCAGAUUAAAGCGGCUCCGUACUGGCUUGACAAACCGUCAGACCUGGUGCUAGCCCCAGAUGAGAAUGGACGUCUGGUGUGUCGCGCCAAUGGUAACCCUAAACCUAACAUCCAGUGGCUUAUCAAUGGACACCCUAUAGAAGGCUAUCCUCCCAACCCAAACAGACAGGUGCUCGGUGACACCAUAAUCUUCCGCUCGGUGCAGAUCGGGAGCAGCGCUGUCUACCAGUGCAAUGCCUCCAACCAGCACGGCUAUCUGCUGGCCAAUGCCUUCGUCAGCGUUCUUGACAUGCCUCCAAGGAUGCUGGGCCCCAAAAACCAGCUGAUUAAAGUCAUCGAGAACAACCGGACCUUCCUUGACUGCCCAUUCUUUGGUUCCCCUCUACCAGACCUGCGCUGGUUUAAGAAUGGACAGGGCAGCGGGCUGGAUGGUGGCCAGUACCGUGCUUACAUCAACGGAACACUGGAGAUAAAGCGUGCCCGUGCAGAGGACGAGGGCACCUAUACUUGUGUGGCCAACAGCAUCUUGGGCACAGCUGAAAACCAGGUCCGCCUGGAGGUCAAAGAGCCAACUCGUAUAGUUCGACUCCCUGAGCACCAGUCAGCUGUCAGGGGCUCUACAACUCGCUUUGACUGUAAGGUGAAGUCUGAUCCCAGCCUGACCGUCACUGUGGCUUGGAUGAAGGAUGACAAGCCUCUUUAUCUGGGAUGGAGGCUGAGGAAGGAUGAGGAGUCGCUGACCAUCCCCAAUGUCAAUGAGGGCGAUGAGGGAACGUACACAUGCACUGUUAAAUCUGAGAUAGACCAGGACUCAGCCUCAGCCCGCCUCACUGUGUUAGAGGAAGCCUCCCUCAACCCCUCAGUCUCUAGUGCCUUGCCUCCAGACCGUCCAGAUGCUCCUAUGGAUCUGGAUCUGUCGGACCCAGCAGCCCGCAGUGUUCGCCUCACCUGGAUCCCCGGAAAUGACCACAGGAGCCCCAUCACAGAGUUCCUGGUCCAGUUUGAGGAGGACCGCUGGGAGCCAGGUAGGUGGCAGAAACUGUCCUCUUACCCUGGAGACCUCAACUCUGUCAUCCUGCAGCUCGCCCCAUUCGUCAACUACCAAUUCAGGGUCAUCGCCAUCAACUCAGUAGGUCAGAGUCCGCCAAGUGGCCCCUCACCACGCUACAAGACCAGUGGAGCUGCCCCAGAUGCCAUUCCCAGAGGUCUACGAGGAUCGGGGUCCAAAAAGGACAACAUGGAGAUCACUUGGGAGCCGCUGCUUGAUCUGGAAAGAAAUGGCCCAAACCUGCACUACAGCAUUUGGUGGAGACGAAAGGAUUCGGGGGAGGAGUGGAGUAAUGUGACCACCGUGGGGUCCAAACAUGUCGUCCACAACACGGAAACCUACGUGCCUUAUGAGAUCAAAAUUCAGGCCAGGAAUGAGUUUGGCUCAGGACCAGAAUCUAAUGUGGUCAUUGGAUACUCAGGAGAGGACAAGCCCAGCGAUGCACCCACUGAUCUGCGAGUGUCAAAAGUUGACAGCACCAAAGUGAACAUCCACUGGAAGUCUGUGAAUCCAAACACUGUCCGGGGAGAGUUCAAGGAGUACAGAUUGUACUACUGGCGUGAGUCCAGUCAGGUUCCAGGUCUGAUUGUCAAUAAGGAGAAGAAGACCAAAGGUUUCUACAGCACCAUGGCUGAACCAUCUGGCAUCCUCAGUGACCUGGUGCCCUACUCUAAAUAUAAGAUGUUCAUGGUUGUGGCCAACAACCACUUUGAGAGUUCACCCAGCAACACAGUGGAAUUCAACACCAAGGAGGGAGUUCCAGAUGCUCCUAGGGCCGUCAGGAUGCACAGCAAAAGUUUGGACACUAUCUCCUUGGAGUGGGAGAAACCUCUAGAGCCCAAUGGCAUUUUGAUUGGAUACCAGCUUAAGUACCAAAGAGUCAAUGGUUCCAGGUUGGGUCGUCCCCAUCUGGAGACUUUCCUUCCUAAUGUGACAGAGUUUACCCUCCGCUUGCCGGACCGAUCAACCCGCUACAAGUUCUUCCUGUCAGCGAUGACCCAGGUGGGAGCAGGAGAGGUCUAUGCUGAGGAAACCCCGCACUUCACCAAUGAGGAAAACUUUACUGACGCCACAGGUCUAGUCGAGCUUACCGACGCCUCCGUGUCUUCUGCUUUCACUCCUACUCCUCCUCCUCUCGCUCCUCUUCCUCCUACUACCAUCGCUCCUACAACCAUUAGUACCUCAACUACUACCACUCCUACAACUACGACUUCUACUACCACGACUACUACUCCUACUACCACUACUACUACUACCACCACCACUACUACGGAGGCGAGCACUACCACCACACUCCCUGUGCUGGUCACCACCAAGCGUAACGAUCAGAACGUGUUGGUGGCCCCUGGGAUCUGGGAUCUGACGGUGGUGCCUAACAGUGACUACGCUAACGUCAGCUGGAGUCACAACUUCCCGGCCGGCAGCAGCGAGUUUGUGCUAGAGUUCACACUGGACAGCGACAAGACGGUGAAAGUUGUAUCGGUGAAACAACAGCCCCCCAUUACUGUGGCGGAUCUGAUCGCAGGCGCCACGUACCACCUGAGGGUUUACUCCCAUGAGCUCAACAGCAUCAGCAGCAAUUCUGUCACCUUUAAGACCAAACCAGCCUACAUAGACCAUGUGGACAUAGCCACUCAGGGCUGGUUCAUUGGUUUGAUGUGUGCCAUUGCCCUCAUCAUACUGAUCUUACUCAUCGUGUGCUUCAUCAAGAGGAGUCGCGGCGGCAAAUACCCAGUGCGUGAUAAAAAAGAUCUCCCCUUGGACCCAGUGGAUCAGAAAGACCCGGAUGGAUCCUUUGAUUACCAAAAUGGGUCAUCUGUCCCUGACAGGAAUGAAAACGAGAACAGCAGCGAUGAGGACAACAAGCCUCUGCAGGGCAGCCAGACUUCACUGGACGGCAACGUAAAGGAAAGUGAUGACAGCUUGGUAGACUAUGGCGAAGGCGGCGAUGGCCAGUUUAACGAGGAUGGCUCGUUUAUUGGCCAGUACACAGUGAAGAAGGACAAGGAUGAGACAGAGGGCAACGAGAGCUCCGAGGCCACCUCGCCCGUCAAUGCCAUCUACUCACUGGCAUAGCGGCACAGAAGUGCACAGAGGAACUCAGCAGUACCCUCUGGUUUAAGGGCGUUACAACCAACAACAGCACCAUACACCAGACAAACACACACACACACACACACACACACGAUUAUAUGAAUAUAUGAAACACAAUAUACAACGGAAAAAACCUGGCAGGGCCUCUCUGGGGACUGUAUAGGCUCACCUCUGCAGAUGAAGUGGAGGAACACAGGAGUGGAAUUAGACCACAAGCCUUUAAUUUAUGUUUCCAGCUCUAAGAAUAUGGCCCAUUGAAGGUGAUGUUUGGACAAAGUGGACAGUGCUCAUUUUCUUCUGUGCUCUGCCUGCCCUUUACCCACACAGACUUGAAGUGUGCCUUCAGGGCAGCUUUCAGCAUUUGGAGGCAUCAACAAGCGUUUAGAGAUUUUUUUUUUUGUUUGUUUGUUAAUUUCUGCCCCAAACAUUUUCUGUGCCCCUGUUGUCCUUCUUGACAUGUCCCUCAUACUUCUGUGUGGCAUCCCAGUAGAAUAAACGCAGAAUUAUUACACACACACAGACACACACACACGCUCACUGGCCCCAUCCUGUAACAUAUCAGCUUCUUACCAUCAAUGUCAACAGGAUGCUGGCAGAUAUGUUUAUCAUAUUGAUAUUUACACAAUGAAAGAUUUUAGUUUUUCCACUGCUGGUAGAUUAGUCAUUUAAUCUUAAUGAAUGCUGUAUACAGUCCUGGCACACAUUUUAGUGCCCUGCAAAACUAUGCACUAUCACCUCCUCCAUACCAUCUUGGGUUUAAUGUGGUUAGUAAAAGUACACAUUUUGGGUUUCUUUUUAGCACUCGCCGCCUAAAUCACAUGCUUUUAUUCACUUUGCCUUGAACUAUGUGGUAGACAUGUAUUUCUUACCUCUAAUCCAACGUCAUUGUGCAGAUGUUAAAAAUGGGCUCCAUGAAAAAAGUAAUUUCCUGCACAAGCAGCGAGCUCUGUUACGUUAUACUGUUAAUGAGUCCCAUUGUUUUAAAAAAAGAUUCAACAAAAACAUUAUUUUGGAGCAUGGUAGUAAACUUAGUGCAAGAUGAAUAGGAAGGCAACAGAAAGGAAAGUUAGUUUUGCUUGAGAAACACCAGUAGACCACAACCCAGUGAAUUCCCUAGUUAGCAUGCAGGCUAAUGCUGCAUUCAUGUCAAAUGGGAACAGCUGUUGGUUGACACUAAAAAUUCUGACAGCUGCGCUUCUUUGCAGCUGCGAGGCUUUCAUGAUUCUGUUAGACUUUGGUUUCUCGUUUGUUACAUGUGAAUGCGUAAACUAUUACUUUUGAAAGUCUGUUUUACGGCAAACCCAAAGUUGCAACGUCAAUCUAACACCGUGAUCACAUCGUGGCUUAUUAUGACUGAAAGAAAAUAUUCUUGUACAACUUAGCUACCUGUAUUUUCUUGAUGGCGACACCACAAUUCUGUAAAUUUGGGGUCACAUUUAGUUUUUAGCUCCUGUUAUCUGAGAUGUAUAAUGUUGUCAGGUCGGAAGCUUAUACGUAUGUUCACUCCCGUGGGACAUGAAUGCAGCAGAAGAGGUUCUGAUCCUUCAGGUGUGUUCGGACUAAACUUUGCCUCAAGUAAUUCACAUUGAUUUGAUCAUUGAAUUGUUAUUACAGUCCCUAAACAGCCAAUGUACGGAUGUUAACUACUAUCAUAUUCCCCAAGUUCCAGUUCUUACAGAUAUUUACCUCCACACCUUGGAAACAUGAAGUCAGUUAUUUUGUGUCAUCUCAUCUCUUUGCAUCGACUUUACAGGCAAGCACACUGCCUCUAAAACUGUCUCUGUGUUUAGUCUGAACCCACCUUCACAGAGGGAUCUCUACCACUUCCCUUCCUUCUAAUUUUUAUAAACUCAAUUUGUUGAUCAUUACACAUGAAAAAAGAUGUUGGUGAACUACUUACAUUAAAUGACAAGAUUUACAGCAUGAAAGUAUAUACACUAAAUUCACAGCCACCUUUGAAAUGAAAUGUAUCAGCUUCAUUUUUAGUUUUUUGCAGAGGAAGAGAGAAAAAAAGAACACCUUUAAGAAGGAUGUGCACUCAGUAUUUCACUUGUCCUACAAGCUGAUUCAUCAUGUUGUCAUUCUAGUUGCAGACUGACAGUCAGUGAUUUGUUUUUGUUUCUUUAUUUUCCACUAAAUGUCACUGAGUGCUUAUUGGAUUCAUCACUUCAUUUUAGCACUCGUCAGUUCAAGUACCUGCUGCUCAACAGCACUAUUAACCCUCCAAUGCUAAAUCAAAUAGAUCUUAACUACGGUUAGGUUCACAUUGUAUUUCAAAUAUUUAAUUUAUAUUUCUAUUUAUUACAUGAUGUGGGAUAGUAUUAAUAUAUUAGUGCUUAAUUUGAUAAUUGUUAUAUAAACAUUUUGACCACCUUAUUUUGUUGUUAUGUACCAGAAAUAGCCAAACUUAAGAUAUCUCCAGAAUCUGUUAUUGCUCAUCAUUGGAGGCAUCAAACACGACAGUAUGUUAAAGAUAUUUUUGUAGCAGCUGGCUUUUCUGCUGUGAACAAAACUACACAAACCAUAUACAUGUCAUCGUCCAUGAAAAGGAUCAUGUUUCUCUGUCCAUUGUGCUGCUCUUCUCGUACUCAUGUGGUAUUACUGUUACUGUGUUGUUAUUCAGAUUUAUGUAACAUAAUCUUUCCACCGCACAGAAAAUUAAUAUUAUUGCUUAUUACUUAUUUGGCAUAUAUUCUGUAUAUGUUGGUCCUGAAAGAAUAUUUCUCAUCUUUGUAAAUAUUUAAAACAUGUUCCCGCCCACCCCCCCAAAAAAAAUGCUUUAUCUGAAAAGACAAAACAAAGAGUCACAAAUCUGUAUCCACCAAGCAAAUGCGACGGUGCAUCUUUACUCUGUCAUGCACCUUUGUAAUGUAGCUUUGACUAACAUUUGCACUCUGAAAUAAUAACAAGAAUCAUUCUUCUCUAUGUUACCCUUUGCUUUUGCAUUGUAAUAUAUGGUACUGGCUGUGGCAAGUCUCAGUCAAUCGUUUGAUGAUGGUUUGGAUUCUAUAUUGUGAAAGAGGAAUACGUUAGAUUCUCUAUGAUGUAAAUAAGAAGUGCUCCUGCAGUAUACUGUCUGUAGCAUUUGUCACACACAAACUGCUAAUAGGCCUAGAAACAUGCAUUGGAACAAAGUCCCCUCCUUUACGCUGUUACACAUUUGUCUUCUUUCUGAGACUGCAUACAUUCUCUCCCAUAAUGCCUUUCAUGCCAGUUCCUAACAUGGCUAUCGUUACACUGCUGUGUCCCACUUCAGGGGUCACUUAGUGAAAGUUGAACCUCCUCCUCCUCUUCCUCCUCCACAUCCUGCUGCCCUUUCUUUGUGCUAUUAUGACCCUUAAUGUUACUUUCAAGUGCUCUUUGGCAACUUGUAAAAUGCACAUUUCAGAAAUUACUCCCGGAACAUUAUUGUUAGAUGCAAUAUUGUAGUUCCAUAUCACUGCAGACCUGAGUAGUCGAUGACCUGGGGCUUUAGGGCCCUGGCACAGGGUUCUACUCUGUGUCUUCACACACCAACAAUGUCAUUGUCAUUUGAAGGGACCAAUCAGAUUGAUCCCAGUUGAUGACAGUAAGUCUGCUCAGUGUCUACCUUGUGAGGGAUUUUAAUGAUUCAUUUUCUCUGUACUGUGUGUAUCUCAGACUGUGCUACAUGGAUACAUACUGUACCUGAAACUUGCAGUGUCAUCUCCUGAACAGCACCCAUAUUUACUUCCAGAAGCUCGUACCAAACCAGUCAGACAGCAAGGUAAACAAAUGCAGAACCUAAUGCUUGGCAAUGACUACAUGUCACAUCGCAUCAAUGUCAGAAGGUUAGAAGUGGUUAAUAUCAGUGGCUAACUUGGAUUAGAUUAUUUUAAUACCUGCUCAACAACUGACAGUGUAUCAGGUUGACUUAUACAGACAAAUAUAUUCAGACAAUAUCUUAUCUGUGAUGCUCCUGUGACAUUUUCAGAAAUGAUUAUUUACAUACGUCAGCCGCUUUGCGUUGGUCUGCUCUAUCUCAUACAAUUACAAGUUGACAAGGAUCACCUUCACGCACAAUUGCACAUCUGGUGCGCAAUCAAUUGCAGAAAUAUGUGCAAAGAAAGGCUUCUCUUUCUUUGCUCACCCUGAGGAGACUUUGAAUAUGGACAAACCUUGUGGAUCUAGUAUGAAAAUGUCAUUGUGUGGACCUGAAAGGGGGUGAUCUCUAAAAUGAAACACAGUGUAUAUCACAGCGGUGCCACCACUGGCAGCCUGGUAUUUUUCCCUCCUUCCAACACAAACAGGUGUCUGAUUCUCUAAAAACACCUCUCAGAAACUUAUAUCUGCCUGAAAACUUAUUUUGCUUGUCUUUCUGCAGAACCUCAAAGCAAUAUCCUCUGAAUUUUGUUCAGCUGGGUGAUUUCUCUGAUGCCAUUGUUGUGCAGUGCAUUCAAUCUAACCUUGGUGUGACCGCAGCAAGUUGUUGGAGACAAACAAGUUGACAAGCAGGAGACUGGUGUUGAAACAGAAUAAAACCAUAAGGAACAACACUGAGAGAUCAAACAUUAGGUUGGAAUGUAAGUCUGAAAUUUCUUACAGGACUUGUUGGAAGUUUUUUCUUCAACAUUUGAUCUUAAAAUGUGCACCCCCUCUACUCACAUGGCCUUUCACUUUGCCCCCAGCUACAUUACAAAGAAAUAUGCAUAUUUGCUGGUACACAAUGCUUUUUGUAUUUUGCCCUUCUGUUUGUGCACAUUGAUUUGGGGUGCGCACGGAGCUGAUUGUCUCUUUUUACUGUCCACGUCAUCUCAGCUCACCUGUCAUGGGGAAGAAAAGUGAAUAUAAACAUGCAGUUUGACAGUUUUGCAUUUUUCCGUCAUUUCAAAAUGCUGCAGAGUCAACAGUUUUACUGGUGCACAUUUGCAACUACAUUUUUUUAAUGACUGAUCACGUUUGUUUUUUGUUUUUUUUGUGAACUGUCAUAUUAGCAUCAUCUUGUUUUUACUGUGUGCAUCAGAGCAGCUUGUCAAAGUCUUGCUUCAACACGCAAAAUAACAGCUUUUGUAAGGUACAUCUAUUCAACAGAAAAUGGCAUAAAUAUAUUCACCAUGUAUGCGUGUAUGAUGAGAUGUUGCAACUUCUGCUAGUGACGCCUUCUUUAUAGUAAAGCUAUCUCCUUUUCUCUA